UCCCGCGGGGCGCCUCGACCCGGGGGCAACUCGACCCGGGGGCAACUCGACCCGGGGGCAACUGGUCGGGAGGCGGGGGUGCGGGGUCAUGGGGGGCCGGCUCUGCUGCGGGGGCGGCCGGUGCUGCCCGGUACCUUGUGUCAGGGGCAAGGGGAGCGCAGAGACCCGCUUUCGGGAGACCCCGGCCCGGCCGCCGCCACGGCCCCCCAAGACAACAGCCACGGAUCACACCUAUGAGGUGGUCGGGGAGGCGACCGGACCCCGGGGGCCGGAGCCGGGACCGGACGAGGGGCUGCACUACGCGGAGAUCCGGCUGGGCGGCGGGGACCGGCCCGACCCCGACCCCGACCCCGACCCCGACCCCAAGAAGCCCCCGCGCCCGGCCCAUGCCGCCCAGACCGAGUACGCCCACAUCCGCUGCUCUCCGGACCCCCGGACCGCCCGGACCCCCCGGCCGGUCAGCAGCAGCGCCGGGACUCUGGUCUGAGCCCGGACGGACGAGAAGGACACGUCGGGCCCGAGACCUCCGCCCGCCGGCGGGUCGGUGGGGACGGGACCCCUGCCGAGGCCUGGGGACGGGGGCGCAGCACUGUCCCGGGACCCCCCGGCUGGAAGCUGAGCUUCCCGGAGUCCAGCUCGGGGCGG